AUGGCACCGCCGUGCGGCCGCGGCGCCCCGCCGCUGGUCUUCAUCGCGCUCUCCGCGGCGUUCCUCACCUACAACGCGCUCCUCUCGCCCCGCUCCGUCCCGCCCCUCCCCACCUCCUUCCCCGACGCCACCGCCGCCUUUUCCUCCUCAUCCCGCUCCCGCCGCCUCGCCUCUGGCGGCGGCAGCGGCGGGCCGAGGCCGUUCCACACCGCGGUGACCGCCUCCGGGUCCGUCUACAACACGUGGCAGUGCCGCGUCAUGUACCACUGGUUCAAGGAGGCGCGGCGGCAGGCGCGCGGCGGCGACAUGGGCGGCUUCACCAGGAUCCUGCACUCCGGGAAGCCCGACGAGUUCGUCCGCGAGAUCCCCACCUUCGUCGCCGACCCGCUGCCGGAAGGGACGGAUCAGGGAUACAUUGUUCUUAAUAGGCCAUGGGCAUUUGUUCAAUGGCUCCAGAAGGCAGACAUACAGGAAGAAUAUAUCUUGAUGGCGGAGCCAGAUCAUCUUAUUGUCAAGCCUAUUCCGAACUUAUCAAGAGAUGGCCGUGCAGCAGCUUUCCCUUUCUUCUAUAUAGAGCCCCAAAAAUAUGAAAAAAUGUUGCGUAAGUUCUUUCCUGAAAAUAAAGGGCCAAUCACAAACAUUGAUCCCAUAGGAAAUUCUCCUGUCAUCAUUGAGAAGGAGUCUCUUUCUAGGAUUGCACCGACAUGGAUGAAUAUGUCGUUAGCCAUGAAGAAAGAUCCUGAAGCAGAUAAAGCUUUUGGAUGGGUUCUUGAAAUGUAUGCAUAUGCUGUAGCAUCAGCUCUGCAUGGAGUGGGGAAUAUCUUACACAAGGAUUUCAUGAUUCAGCCACCAUGGGACUUGGAAAUUGGUGAUUCAUAUAUCAUACAUUAUACUUAUGGGUGUGAUUAUGAUAUGAAGGGUGAAUUGACUUACGGCAUAAUUGGAGAGUGGAGGUUUGACAAAAGAUCCUACGAGAAUAAACCUCCUCCUAGAAAUUUGCCAUUACCUCCGAAUGGCGUACCUAGAAGUGUGGUGACACUUGUGAAAAUGGUGAAUGAAGCAACAGCCAACAUACCCAACUGGGAAUCUUAUGCAGCCGAGUGACCUUGUAUAAUCUGAUACUUGGCAUGUCCAUUCAAUUUUGUCCCCUCACCGCUGAAGCUUGGACAACUGGUUCAUAUAUAGGCUUACCCAGAGCUGUUGACAUCAUACAUUUCUGCUUGGAUCACCAAGUGUAUGUUGAGGGAUUGGAUAGCCUAAAGCUGAAUUAGUGCAAGUCAAUAUGAUCCCUUUGGGUAUAUGUUACAAUACACAUACACUACGGCUAAAUAUAUUUUACGUGAAAAGUCUGUAAAUGUAGGUGAAAAGUCCAAUGUAAAUGAGUGAGAGGUGUGUUGAGCUCUUCUGGUUCUUGAUCCUCAUUCCUGUCUUCAUCCUGAUUCUUUUCUGCUUCAGAAAAGUCAGGCAUAGACUGUCAUUUAGGCAAGACACACUAAUCUACUUGUUUUUCCAUUUGAAGUGUAGCUGAAAUGCAUGAACCAAGUUUGCUUAGUAA